AUUUUCUGUAAAACGAAGAACAGUAAGAAUAGAUUUAAAACAUCUUCCUUUUUUUAAUUUAGGAUCACGUUAUGCGUAUCGUAUCAUCGGUGUUAAUUACUUAUGUUCAGAAGCUGUUCAUCAUAUUGAUGUGAUAUUUGAAUACCAGAACUGAUAUGGAUUUGAACCAACAACAUCGAAAGCUAUUUCUGAUACUCAUGUGCCUUUGUAGCUUCCUGAAAUUGUUGUAUUCAUCAAAUGUUGUGAUCAACGACCAAAACUGUAUGUAUAAUAACAGUGUGUUUGUCAACAAAACCAGCCCCUCGAUUAAUUUCAGUACCAGCAUAUCGACCUCUUUACUUCGUUCCACUUGUCUUAUUCAUAUCCGGUAUACAGAUUUUCAAUCCAGAAUAAAAUACAAUGCAACAGUAGGCCUAAUUGGUAAUAAAACAUUGUAUGGAAUGAUUGUUGUACAUGUGUUUGCUGGGCAUCCGAAUCUAAGUAGACCUGUUAAGACGUUUUAUGCACCAAAUGAAAAUUGGUCUGGACAUUUACCCUCGAGUGAUAUGUAUAUAAAAUUCGUGAGUCUUGUGAAAACAGAUUUUAUUAUCAGCGUUUCUGUAAAAGAGUGUUUGAAAAACUGCUAUGAGCUCAAUAUGCCAAGUAUUAUACCCACAACUAUCGUUGAAUUGCCAAGACAAUGCAGUACCACUCACUGUUUGGACAAUCACGCUGUCAGCUAUGUUAUACGAGCACCAUCACAGCUAAAUACAGAGCCAUGCCACUUAUAUUUUCCGGUAACCAGAAACUCACAGAUUUGUUUAACAGUCAGUAGCUACUGUUGUAGGGAUGUGAACAACUGUCAUAUAGCAACCAUCAGUGUUGAUCAAGCGGUAUAUUUUACUUUAAACAAGGAAAUAUACAGACCGUGGUGUCUACCUUGGACAAUAACAGACAGAACCUUAACAUUUCAUUGGAAAAAUACAGGCGUGAUCGAGCACACCGUCUGCACCGUGACAAUAUUCUCAAACACAAGCAAUCACGGACAGUGUUCUUUACCAACAACAACAGUGUCCUCAAAUGGUGUUGGAAAAGAAAGUAACAGUGUGCUCAUAGCGACCGUUUCUGCAGGAGUAGCAGCUAUACUCGUCAUAUCAACAAUAAUCAUAGGAUACUUUAUGAUUAGCAAUAGACGCCAACCAGCUGAAACAGGACAAGUUGUUAACUUCUUUCACCAUCAAUCGUCAGUUACAGGAGAUUCCAUAUGUACAAUGACACCACCGCCGUAUAGCAUUGCAGUGAGAGAUAGUCCUCUGUCAAAUUCAAACGAUAAUAACAGCAAUUCUACUGAAUCGGGAUAUGAUUCAGAAGUAAUUGUAACCAGAAGUGAUCAAUCAGAGAAUAUGGUGCGGAAUACUGACGAUUUAAAUCAAAACAUAGACUGCCCACCCCCUUAUAGCGUUUCUCUAAACCACAACACAACAUGACAGGAAAUUUUGAUUGGUUUAUAGCUGACGAUUCAUAGAUUUUAAUUCAAAAACUGGUAGCUGAUACCUCAAAAAAGCAGUAAGAAGAAUGCAAAACUUGUAUCCCGAUAAUAGAUAAAAAUUUGUUAUAUUUUAAAAUGUAAAAUGUUUCAGGUUGAUGCGUAUAUGUGUAAGAAAAUGAAAGUGAAAUCUGAAGUCUCAAAUUAUUAGCCUAAUAUAUUUGAUGAGUUUCAACAUCUAUCAAUUAUACAUUAAUGUAUUAUCAACAGUCUAUAUAAGUACCUUAUCAUUUGUUAAUUUUUAAAGUAUGUGAUAAUUUAAUCACAUAAUAACCAUGAACAAAUAAAACCGUUUUGAAUAUUGAGAGUAAGAGAAAGAGGGAAAGGGAAAUAUACUAGCAUCACUGAUGAUUUUUUUGUAGACGAAUCGCGCGUUGCCGUACACAUCUUAAGCCUUGUAUUUAUAAUUUUAUUGAUGAUUAACCUCUAUCUGAAAAUAAAUGAAUAUAACAGUCAUCAUUUCCAUAUUGGUUAUUUCUGCCAAAAAAAUUAGUGUACGUUAGUUUUAAUUUGACUAAAACCUGGUAUUUGCUUUUAUCUUUACGUUUAAAACUUCAUUGCUUAAAAGAAGGGUUUUGAAAUGUUUUGUAAAUGGUAUAUGAUUUAUAUUAUUGUUCCAUAGAAUUUUUUGAUUGUGUCUG